UUGAGCACAGUCUCUCCAGAGGUAACGAAGCCCUCUCUCCACUGGGCUUCAAACCCUUUCACAGAUACACUUGUGCAAGAAGCACAGAAGGAAGACACAGACCCAGAGGCCCUGCCCUUUCUACAGGGAUAGCUCAGGUCCCUGUCCACCUCAGAAAGGCCAUAAUGAAAUGGAGAGCCUCUUUCAGGCACCUGCUCCUGGUGCUGCAACUGGCACUGCUUCCAGCAGUCACUCAGGGAAAGGAAAUGAUGCUGAGUGAAGAAGGCCAGAUGGUGGAGCUACCCUGCACAGCUUCCAAGAAGAAGAACAUGGUCUUCAGCUGGAAAUAUUCUGAUGGGACCAAGAUUCUGAGCAACCAAGCCUCCCCCUGGCAAACCUUCUGUACACCAGCUCAAUCUUGGCUGAAAAGUCGCAUUGAAUGCAAAAAAAACCUGUGGGACCAAGGAUACUUUCCUCUGAUCAUCAAGAAUCUUGAGAUGAAAGACUCAGGGAAUUACAUCUGUGAAGUGGAGAACAAGAAGGAAGAGGUUCAAUUGAUGGUGUUCAGAUUGACUGCCAGUCCUGGAGUCCACGUGCUGCAGGGGAAAAGCCUCACAUUGACCUUGGAGAGCCCUCCUGAUAGUAACCCCUCAGUGCAAUGGAACGGUCCAUGGGAUAAAAGCAAGACUGGGGCUAAGAGCCUCUUGGUGCCCCAGCUGGGAUCCCAGCACAGUGGCAGCUGGACAUGUACGGUCUCCCAGAACCAUAAGACUCUGAAGCUCAAGAUAAACAUCUUCGUGCUGGCUUUCCAGGAGGACUCCACCACAAUCUAUAAGAAAGACGGGGAGCAGGUGAAAUUCUCCUUCCCACUUACCUUCAAAGAUAAAGACCUGACUGGGGAGCUGAAAUGGCAGGCAGAGGGGGCUUCCUCCCCCAAGACCUGGAUCACCUUCUCCUUGAACAACAAGAAGGUGUCCACAUCAUAUAUACAGAAGAGGCUCCAGAUGAGUGAGGCGUUGCCGCUCAGCUUCACCCUGCCCCAGGCCUUGCCUCAGUAUGCUGGUUUUGGAAACCUGACCCUGGAUCUUGCCGAAGGAAAGCUACAUCAGAAAGUGAGCCUUGUGGUGAUGAGAGUGACUCAGCUCCAGAACAAUCUGACCUGUGAGGUGCUGGGACCCAUCUCCCCCAAGAUGAGUCUGAGCCUGCAGAUAGAGAACCAGACGACAAAGGUCUUGAAGCAGCAGAAGCUGGUGCAGGUGUCGAACCCUGAAGAGGGACGGUGGUUGUGUCUGCUGAGUGACGAGGGCAAGGUCCUGCUGGAAUCCAAGGUUGAGGUUUUGCCCAAAAUGUUCCAGUCCAAAGUGCUCCUGGCUAUAGGGCUGGGUGGCGGCAUAGGCCUGCUGCUUUUCACUGGGUUGGGCAUCUUCUGCUGUGUCAGGCACCAGCGCCGGCGGCGCCAGGCAGAGCGGAUGUCUCAGAUCAAGAGGCUCCUCAGUGAGAAGAAGACUUGCCAGUGUCCCCACCGGCUCCAGAAGACGUGUAGUCUCAUUUGAGGCACCAGGCCAGGGGGAGCUUCCCACUCACAGCCUCCGCUGCUGUCCACCCCUGCAAUUCCUAUUGUACUCUAGGGGGCUACAGACCAGGUGAAUGUAGCCUAUUCCAGUGCCUCUGACCAUCUCCUGGUCUCCUCAUCUACAGUUUGCCUCUUCUGUUUCUCCUUUCCCAUUCCCAGGCCCUUUGGUUAGGCCUCAACCCAGCUGGUAGGAUCUUGCUCCCAGCCUUCCAGAGGCUUAAUCAUGCCAUUUCUUUGCCCAUUUCCUUCUCACUCACUCUUCUUAACCCUCUCCCUUGCUGCCCACUUGGACCCCAGGGGAAAACACAGGACCAGCCCUGCCUGGGAUGCAGGGUGAGGCUAGGUGUCUGGAAAUAGGAAGCACAAGAUUGUCCUUUUACAGGAGAGGACCCUGAGACCAGAGAAGGCAGGGACUUGUCCAAGAUCACACAGCCAGUCAAGACAUACCCAGAUCCAAAGGCUCCUGACUGCCCAUCCCCACUGCGUUGGCAGGGCCAUGGACUUACAUCCAAACCUGUGCAUAAACAGGCACACCUGGACACACACCCUGUGUAUACAGCCACAUACUUGUACAUAAUUCCUUAUUACCCAAGCAGCAUAUCUCAGUUUAUAAACCAAUUUCACAUCAAUUGUCUAUAUGAACCUUAUGAAAUCCCAUAAUUCAGACAAUGACAGGACAGCUCCAGUUUAUAGAUCAGGAAUGGAACUCAGAGAGGUUAGCUGAUUGCCCAGUGUCACAUAGUAAGUGUUGGAGUUAGGAUUAACCCAGGUCUCUUGACCCCUAGUCCAGUUCCACUGCUGUUUCUUGAACACAAGGACGAAUACCACCCAGAUUCCUGCAACUGGCUGGUCAUAAGUCCCUAGUACGUACCUUUAGAUUCACAAGCCCUCACCAUCCACAGGGAGGGCCUGCCUCAGAAUUCAGGAGCAUGAAGGAAGGCCUCCCUGCCUAAAAUCCUUCCUUUAUCACCUGCUGGUGGCAGGAUCCUGUUACCAGAGGAAAAAGCCUUCAGUUUUCCUAAUCAGAGCACAGGCCCUGUGGGAGAGAGUACCCAGUGACUUGACACUUACCCUGAAUAGAACUUUCUGGAAGGUGAACUUUGUUAGGGGGAGGGGGCAGUGAGCUAGCCUGAGAGUGAAGACCCUGAGGGAACCCCCUGUGAAGGGUGAUAGCCCUGGGCCUCAAUCUUCCUGCCCUGCAUCCUCCUCCAUGCCCCCCAACCAUUCAGGACAUAGGAAUCAUGGGAUCAGAUAUGUUCUUCCUCCUCUUCUUGACUCAUUUCUAAACUCAGGGCCUCCAGUCUCCUCUGCCUUUCUUACUUCUCUUUCUCAUUCCCCUGCCCCCAACAUCUUUGCCCUCUCCCUCUUUCUUUCUAGAAUGCCUCUUCCAGGAAAACCACCCAAUUGUUGCCACAGAUCCCCACUGCCUACUUUGUAUCCCUACCCAUCCCCAACCCAUGCCUCCCUGAGCUGACGGAAAAUGCAAUAAAUUUACCAUAAAGAGGAUGCUCGGCAUUCUGAUUCUGUUUAAU